UUUAAAGUUUCUUUUUAAAAUAGGUUCGCAAAAAAAAAACUGUCAGCGCUUUCUGUUUUACAGCAAGAUGAAAGAUUAUCAGCUGACUGUCACGAGAGUGUCACGUGACAGACAAAGGGAAAUCCACUCUUGAGUUUGUAAACUCAGGAGCCGCCGUCAUGUUCUGUUGUGUUUUGUUCUGUGUUGUUUUGGGUGUUUUUUCGGAACCAUCAGUGGAGCUGGGUCUGAACGGUAAAUGGAGGCUGUCCAACUCAAAUGGGUCGGUGUCGGUACCUGCACCGGUACCGGGUUGCGUUCAUACAGCUCUGAUGCAGCAACAGUACAUCCAGGAUCCUUACUUCAGGUUUAACGAUUUAUCAUAUCGAUGGAUUGCGCAUGAUAAUUGGACUUACAUGACAUCAUUUAAUGUAUCUGCCCAGUUAAGGGUGAAACAGAAGGUUCUCCUUGUCUUUGAUGGUGUGGACACUGUCGCCACCAUCUUGUUCAAUGGGUUCAUGGUCGGGAGGACAGACAACAUGUUUCGUAGAUAUGACUUCUCUGUCAGCCACCUUCUAAGAGAUGGAGAGAAUGUGCUCAAGGUUGUUUUGGUUUCACCAGUUCUUUAUGCCUUCAAGCAAAGUAAAGCUCAUUCAUCCUACAGCAUCCCUCCAGAGUGUCCUCCAGAUGUCCAGAAGGGGGAAUGCCAUGUGAAUUUCAUUAGAAAAGAGCAGAGCUCUUUCAGUUGGGACUGGGGACCUUCAUUCCCGACUCUGGGCCUGUGGAAGGGAAUCCGACUGGAGGCGUUUGAUAUCCUGCAGCUUAUCCAGUUUUCUUCCUUCCCUCUCUACAAUCACAGCUCUGGCCAGUGGAGGCUGCAGGUUGAGCUCAUUAUAGAUGCAGAUCAAACCACCAGUGGCCAAGUGGAGCUCUCCUUACCAGAGCUGGGCUCACAGGAAACCUUCCAGACACGAUUUACUAAAGGAAGGACUAAGUACAACUUCACCCUGCUCAUCAACAAGAGCAGGGAGGUGAAGCUCUGGUGGCCCAACGGACAUGGCAGCCAACCGUUUUACCGUUUGACCAUCAGAGGCUUUCAGGAUCAGAUGUUGUUAUUGCACACAGGGUCAAAGGUGUUUUUCCGUACCGUGGAAUUGAUCCAGGAGCAGAUUGGUUCAUCUCUGGGGCUCAGCUUUUAUUUCCGCAUAAACGGGAAACCAGUUUUCCUCAAAGGCUCCAACUGGAUCCCAGCAGAUGCCUUCCAGGACCGAGUAGAUCCUUCUGUCUUAAGGAACCUGCUGCAGUCAGCUGUAGACGCUAACAUGAACGCCCUGAGAGUGUGGGGGGGAGGAGUGUACGAGCAGGAUCUGUUCUACGAUAUUUGUGAUGAGAUGGGCCUUAUGGUUUGGCAGGACUUCAUGUUUGCGUGUGCCAUGUAUCCCACCGAGGACGACUUUAUUCUGACCGUCCGCGAAGAGGUCAGCCAACAGGUCCGCCGCCUGAAGUCCCACCCGUCCAUCAUUGUCUGGAGCGGGAACAACGAGAACGAAGCAGCUCUAGCCACCAACUGGUUCGACAUCCCCGCCUCCAAGAGGCUCUCAUACGUUAAGGACUAUGUGAAACUUUAUGUGAACAACGUCAGGGAGAUUGUGCUGGAGGAGGACCCCAGUCGCCCGUUCCUCGUCUCCAGUCCCACAAACGGGGCUGAGUCGGAGCAGGAGGGGUGGGUGGCGGCGAACCCUUAUGACCCCCUCUAUGGAGACGUCCACUUCUACAGCUACACCUCCGACUGCUGGGACUGGAAGACUUUCCCUCGCACCCGCUUUGCCUCUGAAUAUGGCUUCCAGUCCUGGCCCUCCUUCUCCACUUUGGAGCCGGUUUCUGUGGAAGAAGACUGGAGCUACGACAGUAAGUUCAGCUCCCACCGCCAGCAUCACGAGAGCGGGAACCAGCAGAUGCUGCAGCAGGCUGCUCUCCACUUCCAGCUGCCCAACUCCUCUCAUCCUCUGAAGAGAUUCACAGAUACGCUCUACAUCACUCAGGUCAUGCAGGCUCAGUGUGUGAAGACUCAAACCGAGUUUUAUCGCAGGAGUCAAAGUGAAAUCAUCGAGGGCAAAGGUCACACUAUGGGCGCCCUCUACUGGCAACUCAAUGACAUCUGGCAGGCGCCCUCCUGGUCAUCGAUCGAGUUUGGUGGGAAGUGGAAAAUGCUGCAUUAUUUUGCCCAGAACUUCUUCUCCUCUGUCCUUCCUGUUGGGUUUGAAGACGAGGACUCGUUGUUUGUCUAUGCUAUAUCCGACCUGAGCCAGGACCUGCAGAUCAGAGCUGUGGUGAAGCUGUACUCCUGGUCUGGUCUGGGUUCACUUUGCACGCUGACCUCUGACCUGACUCUGAUCCCCGGAGGCGUGGCGGCCCCCAUUUUCAAACGGCCGAUGUCAGAGCUGCUGGCGGGAUGCGGUGUCUGCACCCGCCUCACUUGCCUGGUCUCCUUCCACCUGGAGGACGACCACGGCGUCCAGCAGGGUCCCACCAAUGAACACUUCCUGUGCUCGCCCAAAGAUGCCCAAGGGCUGCGGAGACCCAACAUCACAGCGAAGGUGCAGGAGGACGAGUCGGGCUUUGCCGUGACCCUCCUCUCUGACGCCGUUGCUCCGUUUGUCUGGCUCGAUGUGGGACGUGUCCUGGGUCGUUUUAGCUCAAACGGCUUCCUGAUGGUUUCAGGAAACAGGACGGUCCGUUUUGACGCCUGGCGUCCCUCCAGUGUUACAGAACUGUCCCGAUCCCUGACGAUCACCACCCUAACAGAUGUUUACUGAUGUGGGACAUCCAGCUCCUCAGACCAGAGCUGGUGUGUGUUUAAACCACUCCUCUCUGGUACCUGGGUCUCUUUCUUUCUGCCCGUUUUGCACAUUUAUAAAAAUGCUGAAAGUCCGUUUGACACGGGCAUGUUUUCCAUCAGAAUGUGAUGAUACCUCAGGAACAGAAACACGUCUAAAUCGUUGUGUUUUAUAAUCGUGCUGCUGUGAAAAUGGAACUUUUCGUCAAGAGAAAUUAAAUGAUCACAUAGCUGCUUUUCUUAGUUAUUUUUUUAACAAUUAGAUUUUUAGACUACUUUUGACGGCUUUCUAUUAUGGAUCAUAAUCAUAAAGGAUGAACUUGCUCUUCUAAUCAGGACCAGAAGUGACUCAUACUGUGCUUAAUUAUUUAACUAUAAAUGAAUGCUGGUUGAAAUGGAGGUGAUUAUGCAGGACUGAAGCUUAGAUGAGUUGCAUUUGUAUCCACUUUGAUGUUUUUGAUGAAGAAGGCUGUUUAAUCAUCUCCUGGUCCAGAUCCUGACACGGAUGAUGGAGCUCCAUUAUCGGUGUUGGGUUUGUGUUUUUCCUCCUGUGCCUGGAGGAUGGGCCAGAGUGGUUCUCAGUGGGAUUAAGUUCUGGGGAGUUUCCUGGACCCGACAUGUUGAUGUUUUGGGCCUGAUCCACUUGGUUCUGACUUAAUCCUUCGGGCCAAAACUCCAUCAUGCUUUGUUUAUCGCCAAACUGGAGGAAAUGCUCAGGGACACAGAUGUAACUUUCUAAGAAUGGGAACGACAUGAGCCCCACCCCCACCCCCCACACAUACGUUGCUUCACAGGAACAAUAAAACUUUUUAUACUUUC